AUGUCUUUAAUACUGGCCACUCUACUGUUACUGCUGCUGCAUUCCAAUUAUGCUGCCGGCGAAUGCAAUGUGUGCCAAUCGAAUCAAGCCGCCUGUAUCAAUUCAACAUCCUUCUAUUUGUGCUUUGGUGAUGAUGUGCCGAAUACGGAAACUUUGUAUCACUGCAAGGAGGGUUUCGAUUGCACCGAUUUGAAUGCAAUUUGCGUCCAGAGCUCAUCGCAGCGCCGGCCCAGUUGUGGUGACACAUCGUUGUGUGGGAUGUGCAGUGCCCAUCGCAAUCAUUUGUUUGCCUGUCUGAGUCGAACCACAUUUCAAAUGUGUUAUGGCGCCAUCCGGCCUAUCGGACAAAUUGGCUACUGUCCGCAAGGACUUGUUUGCGAUGCCAAUAGUGAUGCAAUUUGCGUUUUGGAGGAAUUGGUUGAAAGUGCCACGUGUGAUGUGGUGGACGAGGGCGGUGAUGAUGGUGGUGGCAAUGAUGGCAGUGAGAAUACAUCAACACCUGGAAUUGGCUUAACACCACAACAAGUUUGCAGUGCAAUGGGACAAGUUGGUUUAUAUCCAACAUCACCAAUGGAUCCAUACUGCAAAAGAUAUAUUUAUUGCUAUAAAGAAAACGGUAUAAUCAAAGGCGUCCAAUAUAACUGCUCUUCCGGAUCUUAUUAUAAUGUGCAACUGGAGCAAUGUGUUUUUAACAAACCAACAUAUUGUCUGUAA